AUGGGGUCAAUAUCUGAACCAAUGAAGACACGCCGGGGUGGUUAUCGUCAGAUUAAUAAAGCACUCAACAUCUUCCGUGCUGUGCACGCGCCUGGACACUCUGAGGACCAUAUGUGCUUUGUGGUUGAGGAGGACAGUGCUAUGUGCACCGGCGACAAUGUCCUGGGCCACGGCACAGCGGCAGUCGAGCGCCUGAGCACAUGGAUGGACUCGCUACGGGUCAUGAAAAUCCACAAAUGUGAGAUUGGUUAUCCUGCACACGGGGUCGUGAUCAAGAACCUCGACGCAAAACUGGAAUUGGAGCUGGCGUCCAAAACGCGCCGUGAGACACAAGUGUUACAGACCCUGGCGAGGCUCAAGGACAGUGGGAGCAAGAGUGUCGCAGUUCCUAGACUAGUCACAAUGAUGCAUGGCGAUGAAAUAGACCCUGAAGUGAGGAAAACUGCCUUGGAGCCAUUCAUGGGGGAAGUCUUGUCUAAGCUGGCUGAAGACGGGAAGGUGGCAUUCGAGAUCCGAGGCGGUGAGAAGAAUUGGUUCGGACUUCGCGACAAUUAG